GGCGGGGGGUGGGGGACAGAGAAAGAAUCCCAAGCAGGCUCCUCGCUGUCAGCACAGAGCCUGAUGCAAGGCUCAAACCCACUAACCGUGAGAUCAUGACCUGAGCUGAAACCAAGAGUCAGAUGCUUAAGCGACCGAGCCAACCAGACGCCUUUACAAAAGUCUUUUUUAAAUAUAGAAUGUUGCUCGUGUUUUCCUGUUUGAGUAUUUUCAUGGUUUCACUUUUAAAAAAAAUAAUUUUUUAAUGUUUUAUUUUAUUUUUGAGAGACAGAGAGAGACAGCGUGAGUGGGGGAGGAGCAGAGAGAGAGGGAGCCACAGAACCCGAAGCAGGCUCCAGGCUCCGAGAUGUCCGCACAGAGCCCGUCGCAGGGCUUGAACCCACAAACUGUGAGAUCGUGACCUGAGCCGAAGUCCAAAUCCUAACCCACUGAGCCACCCAGGCGCCCCAGUGGUUUCACUUGUUACAUCUAAAUCUUGGAUCCUCCGGGGGUAUAUUUGAGCGGACAGAGUAAGAUGUAGACCCACCUUUAAUUAUCCCCUUCUGGGUGGCCAUCCAGUUGUCCUGUCACUUCUGACUGACAAGUGACAAGUUCCUCUUCCCACCAUGACUUGUGAUCGGUCUCUAGCACGUCCCGUCCCGUCCGGACCCGCUAUAUUAAGGCGGUGGGUUGGGUUGUGUUUGCUCUGCCUCUCUCCAGCCUCUGGCUUGUCAGAGGAGUGGGGUUUAUGGGUCUUUGCUCGCAGUGCUGGGGUGGAGCCCUUGGAGCUUGGAGCGGAGGAGUGAUGGUCUCUGGGGGCUGGGCAGGCCCCUGCUAAGACACCAUCAGGAGCUCUCCCUGCUCCCUCCCUGCCUUCCCGGCCUCCCCAACCUUGUGGGCAGAGAGUGCCUAGCUUACCUGUUUGGCUCCCUGUCAGCUCCUGGGGGUCACCUUGCCUUCCCUCUGGGGGCCCAUGGUGGGCCUGGUCUGCCCCGGGGUCUCCUGGGUUCCCGGGCCAGCCAGCCCUGCCCACCAGCUGGCACAGCCCCUUCAUAGAGCGUAGCAGUCGGGGGAGAAAGGGGGGAAACAGGACAUGUUUAAGCUGCCGUAUUUCCAGAAUUCCUGGCACCGGAGCUGCAUCAUAAAGGGAGAGAAAUUACAACCGAGGGUAGGGGGAGAGUUGGAAGGGCCAGUCCUUCUGGGUAAGAAACAGGGAACACCUCAUAAAGUCGUAACACUGAGAACGCACAAUAGCAAAAAAGGUUGAGGGAGAAGCUUUUCCCCUUUUCCUUAUGAAGAUUUUCAAAUAGGCAAAGAAGCAUAAAGAAUAUUAAAACGAAUGUAAUUAUACCCAUUACUAGAUUUGACGAUUGCUGCUUGCCAAGUUUGUUCUUUUGUGUGUGUGUGUGCCAAGAAAUAAUAAAUUCCAGACUUUAUCGCAUCUCAUCCCUAAAAAAUUCAGCAUCUAUUUCUUAAAAAUGUUUUUCUCCACAAUCACAAUACCAUUACCAUUGUUAUAUCUGACAAAAUUAACAUUAGUUCCUUACAUAUCAUCUAAGACCCAGGCCAUACUCACAGCUCCUUCAUUGUCCUAAAACAAAUCUCUCACAGCCAGUUUAAAAAAAAAAAAUUUUUUUUUUAAUGUUUAUUUAUUUCUGAGGCAGAGAGAGACAGAGCAUGAGUAGGGGAGGGGCAGAGAGAGGGAGACACAGAAUCCGAAGCAGGCUCCAGGCUCCGAGCUGUCAGCACAGAGCCCGAUGCGGGGCUCGAACUCACAGACUGCGAGAUCAUGACCUGAGCCGAAGCCGGAUGCUCAACCGACUGAGCCACCCAGGCGCCCCACAGCCAGUUUGUUUGAACCAAGAUCGGCUCAAGGGCCAUGCGUUCCAUUUGACUGUCCCGUCCCUCUCUUCCUGCCCUGACACAGAGACCAGACCAAUUCCCCGCAGGACAUCUACUCUAGAUCUGAAUGUUUGCUUCCUCGCGGUGGUGUUCCUCGAAUCCCUGUGCUACCUGAGGACUGGUAGGUGUGAAAGGCUUAGGCGGGUCAGGUCACCGGGCUCGGUGACUCCAGGUCUCUGCUUGAGCAACCAAGAUGAUGCCAAGAUGGGAAGAAGGAGGAGGAAGAAGGUGAACUUGGUUUGGGACGUGCGGCUUUUGAGGCAUACCGAGGACACCCAGGGGGGCAGUUGGGUCUGCGCUCCUGGAGGCGGGGUUGCAGGUUGUUAACUUAACCGAGCUGGUUGGGCUUCCCCGGGGACAGUAGAGUAAGAAGGACAGGUGAGAGCAGGCAUCAGGGAAAUGGGCGGAGGAAGAGGAGCCUGGGCCGCAGGCUGAGGAGGCAGACGAGGAGGGAGAGGGUUGUAAGGACUAAGUCCCGGAGGGGAGUCAGGCCCAAGAAGGACCACCUUUGUCAUUGGGGAGGUAAUAGGAGACCUGAGCAGUGGGCUGGACGUCGGAGUGCGUGGACAGCGGGAUGGCAGGUGCACACACGUGGGCAAGAAGCAGGUUCUGGAAACGAGGCAGGGAGAGCUGGGUCCAGGGGCGCGCUGUUUCUUUUUAAGAUGGAGAGGCCUUGAGUUUGUUGAAAGGCCAAAGGGCCAAAGGCAGUCAGGUGGGAGGAGUUGGAGAUCUGAGGAGAGGCAGCUUCUGAGCAAGUGAGAGACAAUGGGGUCCCCUGGGCCUAGGUUGGGGAGGUCGGCGUGGACGGGGAACCCUGGUCCCUCCACUGGGGAAGUGAGGAGGAAUCGUGAGUGCAGGUGCAGAUCCGUCUGAGGGGACGGGGCCCUGGCACAUUUUCCUCCCGUGGCUCACGAUGACAGCUUUUGCUGGCCGGCAGGUUCCUCGACGGACCGUUUCUGACUCCUCCUGGCCCAGCAGCAGGAGACCUUCUGGGUGUCUGGAGGCCUCACCCAGAGCACAGGGCGUGUGAGCGGCAAAGGGGCUCCACCCCAGGCCCCACCUGCCCUGGAGGAGCGAGCCAAACGCACGGCCCCAUGAGGUCGCCAAGAGGCUGCGGGCAGAGUCCAGAGCUCAGGGCACUCAGUCGAAACCCAGAGCCAGAAAAGCAGGGGUUCAGCCCUGCUUUCUCCCCCACGUCCCCACUGGGUGUAGAAACCUCAGGGGACCUGCCUGGCCCUUUCAAAGAACCCAACCCUGUGAGCAGGGAAGGGGGGGUUGGGGGUGUGUGUGUGGAGAAUGACAGCCCAUUCUACGGGUAAAGAAACAGAGGCCCAGAGUUUCAGGGGGCUGCCCAGAGAGAAGCUAAGGCACAACCUAUACAAGAAGCCAUGUCUCUGGAAUCCUGCUCUGUUCUUUUUUCCUUUGAAUCAAAUGAUGCUUCCGGUCCAAACCCCAGAGAAGACCCUCACCUCGGCCUGUUGUGUUUGGACUUUCAGGCUACAGGGCAAGCAAUAAGAUUACACUACACUGAGCCUCACGUGGGCCUUAGCCCGCGUCCAGGCCCCAGCCCAAACCAGUUACACCAGACCCUGGGGCGGGGUGGGGGGAGCAGCUCUAGGCAUGGUUCCCCACUAUUCUGAGGCUUGAGGAGCCUGCGGGGUGACCCCCAGCUUUCCCACUGCACACGGCUGGAUGAGUCACUCAGGGCUAGGGGUGGGUACGGUGAGGCCCGGACUCUGUCCUGGAGAGGGCGUGCUCGGGGGAGGGACACCAGGACAGUUCUGUGCACUUGGCUAAGCUCACUGCCUCACUGAAGCAAAGAUCACGGUUUAUUCCCAACUCUCCCUCCAGCCGGGUGGCAUGGAGUCAGCAAAGGAGAUCCCGUCCCCUCCGCAGCCACCUGAGCCAGACCCCAGGCUCCAGUCACUGGUUUGCAGGCAUUUCUUUUGCCUCUGGCCCCAGAGAACGGAUAGGAUUUUCUGGUUGCACUUGCUUGUGCCCCAACACUGGUGAGGGUUUUGCAGAGAAGGCGGGGGUGAGGACAGAGGGCUGGAGAGACGGGGGCGAGGUGAAGCUGGCUUGUUCUGUCCCCUCCUCCACCAUGUGCCGCUGGAGGCCAGGCGAGGUGUGAGGGUGUGGUUGAGGGAAGAGGACCCCACUGGGGAGCCGCUGUGGUCGCAUCUCGCCUGGGGAAGCCCAUACCCGAGGCCUGAGGCGCCAACCUCCCUGACCCUGACCGAGAAGAACAGGCCAGAGCCAUGUGGGUUUUGCUCAGUCCCUAUGGUGUGAGGCCAGAGCCCUCUGGGAGACGACAGACAUGGCGGCCAGGCUUCUUUCCGGGGAAGGUCAGCAGGUGGGCAGCCUUUUCUAUGGUCCCAGUCUCCCACGCUGUCACUCUUGGUUCCCGCCCCAGGGAGACCUUGCCUGCUAACCCUACAACAGGGCAGCACUGAGGGCCCGGGUUCCCACACCUGCCUCCUCUCUCCCCUUUCCUGCCCCAGCUCCUCCCUGCUGCCGGCUCAGAGUUUCUGGCCGCUCUGGAAUGUACACAGGCUGUUCCCAUCUCCUGGGCCUGGCUCCGUCCCUCUUGGUGACUUGUCCUGUGUGUGUGUGUGGCCCAUGUCCCUCAGGGUGGGGUCAGUGGGAUGGGUCAUGUGUGUGACAAGUGGGAGGACUCCAGGCCUCUCUGCCUCCGGUGUUCCAGGCUUCUGAGCCCCACAAGGGAUGGUAGGGGAGUGAUACUAGAGCUUUGAGGGCAGAGUAGGGCCUAGGUCCCUGGCUUGCUGUGGCUGUGGUCCGUCCAAAUGUCCCACACCCCAAGCCUACACCACGCCUAGCUCCACUUGGACGUCCCUGUCCUGAGCCCGCGGUAGGUGCAGGGAAGGAGUGGCCUGGGGGACACGGGCAGGGGAGAAAAGAGGGCCAGGGCUGGGGGCAGGAGGGUUACUGAAAUGGGAGAGCAGAAGGUGAGGGGUCUGGCGUCCGGGAUAGAAGGUGGGGGUCAGAGCCUGAUCUGGGAGCUGGGCGGCCAGGGGGGAGACCCUCGGGUGUCAGAGCCACUCUGAGAGUGUCAGGAAGACAAGGAGGUCCUUGGCCUGGAGGGGGUCGGCAGCUUCUCACCAGGGACAGGCUGCGCCCGUGGUGCAGGACUGCGGUUUGGACGCCCAAUGGGAGGGUGAAGAGAGGAGAGACCCGGGGAAGCUGUCGGUGUAGGGCUGUGGGGGGGCUACGUGCGUCUCGGUGGCCCAGGCUGGAGGAGAUGGUCAAGGCGAGUAGACUGUGGUGUGGUCAAAAUCCCUCCCAUUCCCUGUGUGGCUGGAAGACUCCAGACACUGGCUCUCGCUCUGAUACCACAUCUGCCCAGACCCCUUCCUCUUUGAGACAGACGUCCCCCGCUCACCCCGCGACACACACACAAGCUUCCUCUUCCCCAUCACAUCCUCCCCGGGCCUGCGGGGAGCUGAUGGCCACUCCGCGUCCUGUCCAUGCCAGCCCAGGCGCCAGCACCCAACCGCCCCCUCUGCCUGCUCCUAGCCGCACAGCCUGCCCCUCCCCCACCUGUGGUCCCGGUGCCACCCUGCCCCAAGGCUGUGUCUGGCCUGGGACUCAGAACUUGCCAGUCAUCAGAGCAUAGCGCAGGAAGGCCGGUGUGUCCCUGGACGCAUAAAAAUACCCCAGACCUGAGUGAGACACCACCCCCUUUCCCCCACCCCACCCUUUCUCAGGCAGCCUCUGUCUCAGGCUAGCACUUCCGCAGCCCUGACAGGAAAUGGGCUGGAGGCUCAGCCUCCCGCCAUCUCAAAGCAACUUCUUGUUUCCCCCUUGCCCCGUGCCAGCCCUGGGGUUGUGCCCCUUGGCUCCACCCCUGAAGCCUUCCCAGGGCUCUGUCCCAGCAGCUCAGUGGGGACAGGAUGGUGGACAUGAUUGCCAAGCUGACCAGGAGGCAGAGUCGGGCCCUGCGGGGACAGGUGGACGACCCCUCGGAGCCCGUGUACGCGAACGUAGAGCGGCAGCCUCCGGCCACUUCGCCCGGCGCCACCGCGGCCCCCCGCCCCCAGGCGUGGGAGACGCACACGGACGCGGGCACCGGGCGCCCCUACUACUACAACCCGGACACGGGCGUGACCACCUGGGAGUCGCCCUUCGAGGCUGCUGAGGGCGCCUCCAGCCCGGCCACCUCCCCGACCUCGGUGGGCAGCCGCGAGAGCCUCGAGACAGACUGGGGCCAGUACUGGGAUGAGGAGAGCCGCAGGGUGUUCUUCUACAACCCGCUGACGGGCGAGGCCGUCUGGGAGGACGAGCCCGACGACGAGCCCGAGGACGACCUGGAGAUGCAGCCGGGACUGAGCCCGCUCAGCCCCAGGAACCAGAGGCCCCCUACGCCUGAGACGGACUACCCCGAGUCGCUGACCAGUUACCCCGAGGAGGACUAUUCCCCCGUGGGCUCUUUCAGUGAGCCACGGUCCGCCUCUCCCUUGGCCACGCCCCCCGGCUGGUCUUGCCACGUGAGCCCCGAGGGGCAGACGCUCUACACCAACCACUUCACCCAGGAGCAGUGGAUGAGGCUGGAGGACGAACACGGGAAGCCCUACUUCUACAACCCAGAUGACGACUCGGUUCAGUGGGAGCUGCCCCAGGUUCCUGUCCCUGCCCCUCGAAGCAUCUGCAAAUCCAGCCAGGACAGUGAGACCCCAGCCCAGGCCAGCCCCCCUGAGGAGAAGAUCAAGACCCUGGACAAGGCCGGUGUGCUGCAUCGCACCAAGACAGUGGACAAAGGAAAGCGGCUCCGGAAGAAGCACUGGAGCGCCUCCUGGACGGUGCUGGAGGGUGGCAUCCUGACGUUCUUCAAGGACUCCAAGGCCUCAGCUGCAGGCGGCCUGAGGCAGCCUCUCAAGCUCUCCACCCCUGAGUACACAGUGGAUCUGAGGGGGGCCUCUCUCUCCUGGGCCCCCAAAGACAAAUCUAGCAGGAAGAAUGUGCUGGAGCUACGGAGCCGAGAUGGCUCAGAGUACCUGAUCCAGCACGACUCAGAGGCCAUUAUCAGCACCUGGCACAAGGCCAUCGGUGAGGGCAUCCAGGAGCUGUCCGCAGACCUGCCCCCGGAGGAGGAAAGCGAGAGCAGCAACGCGGACUUCGGGUCCAGGGAGCGCCUGGGAAGCUGGCUGGAGGGUGAGGCGCGGCCCACUGCAGGCGCAGCCACCGCGGAGAGCGACCUGAGCAAGGUCCGGCACAAGCUCCGCAAGUUCCUGCUGAGGCGGCCCACGCUGCAGUCGCUGCGGGAGAAGGGCUACAUCAAAGACCAGGUGUUCGGCUGCGCGCUGGCCGCGCUGUGUGAACGCGAGAGGAGCUCGGUGCCGCGCUUCGUACAGCAGUGCAUCCGCACCGUCGAGGCCCGGGGGCUGGACAUCGACGGCCUGUACCGCAUCAGUGGAAACCUGGCCACCAUCCAGAAGCUGCGCUAUAAGGUGGACCACGAUGAGCGCCUGGACCUGGAGGACGGGCGCUGGGAGGACGUCCACGUGAUCACCGGCGCCCUGAAGCUCUUCUUUCGAGAGCUGCCGGAGCCCCUCUUUCCCUUCUCGCACUUCCGCCAGUUCAUCGAGGCCAUCAAGCUGCCGGACCAGGCCCAGCGCAGCCGCCGUGUGCGGGACCUGGUGCGCUCGCUGCCCGCCCCCAACCACGACACGCUGCGGCUGCUCUUUCAGCACCUGUGCCGGGUGAUCGAGCACGGCGAUCAGAACCGCAUGUCCGUGCAGAGCGUGGCCAUAGUGUUCGGGCCCACGCUGCUGCGGCCCGAGACUGAGGAAACCAGCAUGCCCAUGACCAUGGUGUUCCAGAGUCAGGUGGUGGAGCUCAUCCUGCAGCGGUGUUCAGACAUCUUCCGGCCGCACUGACAGCCGACCCCACCCUCACCCCCGACGCUGGCGCUGCGGACCUGGGACUGGGGACCGCGACAGUGGUCCCACCUCAGAAGCUGGACGGUUGGAGGCCGCUUGGCCAAACUCUUAUCUGUGAGACCCUCCGCCUCCCAUCGGUCCGCAGGCGGAUGUGAAAUCUGCGCCACUGGGUGCAGUAUGGUGACCCCUGGUGGGCAGUUUGCAAAAUGUGAUUCCCCCCCGCACCACCCCCCUCCCCCCCCACCGCCCUGGCCUGUCUUGUUUGGGGCUUCUUUGGGUUCGGUUCUUUAUUACAUAGACACCUACUGUGUGUGUGUGUGUGUGUGUGUGUGUGUGUAAGAGAGAGAGAGAGAGAAUUGUGGGGGUGAGUUUGAUUUCCCAGAUGGGCCAUGCCCCGGGGGAGGACUUGGGAUGAGGGGCUUCUCAGCUUUUUCAGGCCUGCACCUGGUCAGGCCUUCAAGGACACCCUCCCUGUGGGGCCCCAGCCCUGUGUGGGUCAUGAAGCAACAACAUACACCUUCCUUCCUUCCCCACUGCCCUGCCUUGCCUCAGGCGCAGCUCCUGCCUGACUCUCAGUGGCUGACUGUGGGCCAUUUUCAUCUGCUUUCCUGAUCCAGGCCUCUGCCCUCCCUGAUCCACUCGUGUUCUGAGCAAGGGUUCUCCAUAUUCGCUAAGCGCAUACCCUGCGCUGGCCACCUGCCAUGCACCGUUUCCACACACAGUCCCGUUUUACAAAUGAAGAAACCGAGGCAGAGGCAAAGUGACUUGUUCAGGGUCCCGUGGGGGUGAUGGGUCGGACUGCCCAGCUCAGGCUCCUCUCGCAGCACAGCACAGCCUCCUAGGAGGCCCUUUCCUCCAAACUAUCCCUCUCCUCCAAACCCCAUCGUGGGCUUACGGGGAAAGCAAAAGAAAUGAAGGUAGGUUGUGUCUGGGCCUUGGGAGACCCUCAGCGCAGAGGGGAAACCCGCCCCAGCUGGGGGAGGGGGAAUUAGCACUGGCAAGGGGUCCCCAGCCCCUCUCAGCGCCCUGGCCGCCCGGCACGCCUGCCUGGCGCCCACCUGGUCAUAAAGAGCUGGGAGAGGCCUGCAGGGUUGGGGGAAGGGGGGUACAGCCUCUGGAAAGGGAGCGUGAGCCCCAGGGGCAGCAAUGCCCUCUCCCUCCUCAUACACAAACCACCUCAGUUUGUGGGUCUCGCCCCACCCUCCACCCCCCUCCCCAGCUACGGUUCAUUUCUUCGACAAACAAUAGGAACAGAUAUUUAUUGACAUUUGCGCCACGCCAAGCAUUUCACCCGGAUCGUCUCAGUUUCUCACAGCCAAUAUUUAUUGUCUUCUCCUCCGUGCCGGGCACUGCGUGCUGGGGCGGGG